AUGGACUUCAUCACAGACUUGCCUCCUACUGGACCGAUUAAGGCACGGUACCUGCGAGUGAUCAUAGACAGAUUGAUGAAGGCUGUGGCUCUGGAGGUGAUGGACACCAUAGAAGACGAGACGUGUGCGCAGCGUUUUCUCCAGUGUCAUUACAGGUUCCACGGUAUGCCUUGGUCAAUCGUCAGCGACCGCGGAAGCAACUGGUUGAGCCAAUUUUGGAAAAGGUUCAGUCAGCUGGCGGGUAUAUCGCAGCGGCUCAGCACGUCGUAUCACCCGCAAACCGACAGCGGACCGGAGAGGAUAAACCAGGAGAUCGAAGCUUACUUGAGAGCUUACGUUUCUUACAUGCAAGACGACUGGGGAGACCUCCUCCCCGCCGCGCAGCUGGCACUCAACAACCGUGAAUCAGCAGCGACCAAGAUCAGCCCCCUCUUCGUCGUCGAGGACUCGGAGGAUCCAGCUCGGGAUCGGGAGGAGAGUAAAGUAGGCGGCUUCCUCACCCGGCUGCAAGAAGUCAAUGAGUACAUGCAAGCGGUGAUGGCUGCCUCGCAGCAACAACAAGAAGAGGCCGCGAAUGCGAAGCGACAACCAGCAGAGCGUUUUGAGAAGCUGGACUGGUUGCAUCACAAGUAUACGGUCACGAAGGUCAUUAGCUCGCAUGUUGUCGAGCUUGACGUGCCUGGCUCGAUCCGCCCGCGUUUCCACGUCGACUUCCUCCGGCGAACCCAGCAAGACCCAGCUCCUGGCCAAGAGGUAGACGAUGCACAGCCAACGCCGAUACAUGACGAGAAUGGAAAAGCGCUUUGCGAUGUUGAGACAUGA